UCUAAAAAAAGAUAGGGAAGAGGAAAAAAAGAAACUAGACUAGAGGAGAGGCUGCAGAUGCAGAAACAGAUACAUACAUACAGAUGUUAGGUGUUACUUUGUUGUUGCCCAAAUCGGAAGAAGCUCCUCAAAUCAAAAUCAUCGAUCAAGAGAGAGGGAGAGAAAUUGAUUUAACAUUUUGCAGAGAGAGAAGGGUGAAUUAAGAAUAAGAGCAUGUUUAUGUGUACAGGGAAGAGAGUUAUGUCAUUGCCAAUGUUGUUAUUGCUACUCUUGUUUAUUUGCUUCUUCUCAACCUCUCGUGCCAUCUGGAUCACCUUGCCACCCACCGGCACCAAGUGCGUUUCCGAAGAAAUCCACAACAACGUCGUCGUUUUGGCCGAAUACGUUGUCGUCGCCACUGGGGGAGAUCAAUCCCACAACUCCACCAUUUCCGUCAAGGUCACGUCGCCAUAUGGAAACAGUCUUCAUCAUUUGGAGAACACGUCGAGUGGUAAUUUCGCCUUUACAUCUCGAGAGAGUGGAAACUACCUAGCAUGCUUCUGGGUGACUCAUAAUGAUCGAGAUGGAGACAUUAGUGUCAACCUUGACUGGAAAACUGGAAUUGCGGCCAAGGAUUGGGAUACGGUUGCUAGGAAAGAGAAGAUUGAGGGAGUGGAACUUGAGUUGAGAAAGCUAGAAGGAUCAGUGGAGUCUAUCCACGAGAAUUUGAUCUAUCUGAGGGGCAGGGAGGCAGAAAUGAGAAACGUGAAUGAAUCAACAAAUUCCAGAGUGGCAUGGUUUAGUAUUAUGUCCUUGGGUAUCUGCAUUACAGUUUCAGUUUUGCAGUUGUGGCAUUUGAAGAGAUACUUCCACAAGAAAAAGCUUAUUUAGAUGGUGCUAGUGUUUAUUUUAAAGAAUGAAUUUUAUAACUUAGGCCUUUUUAGGAGCAUUGCUUCUUACACAAGUAGUGAAAUUCUUUGAUACGACUUGCAAAGUUUCCAA